AUGCAAAUGUUGCGACCUUUCUGCAUCCUCUACGGGCUCCUCGCACUCGCUUGCGCCGUACCAGCGCGGCUUACGCCGCCCUCGAGAUUUAAUCACCCACGGGACUUCAUCAACACGACCGGUCUGACGAACGAGGUCGGAUGGGACAAGUACAGCUUUUUUGUCAACGGCUCGCGGGUGUUCAUCCAGUCUGGCGAGUUCCACCAAUGGAGGCUGCCCGUGCCGGGUCUGUGGACGGACGUCCUGCAGAAGUACAAGGCCGCGGGACUGAACACGAUUAGCAUCUAUACACACUGGGCGAUGAUCAACCCGAAGCAGGGCGAGAUCGACCUGAAGGGGAUCAACGACUUACAGGCGUUGUUGGACGCUGCGAGAGAGGCAGGUUUAUUCGUUAUUGCCAGACCGGGGCCAUACAUCAACGCUGAGACUACUGGUGGCGGCGUUCCAGGUCAUGUCUUGACCCUGCCAAAUCACAAUACCUGGUUCACCUAUAACGGAGAAAUGCGAAGCAAUGACACCCUCUAUCAUAAUGCAUGGAAGGACUACGUGAAUGCUCUGGGUAGGAUCAUCGCCGACAACCAGGUCACCAAUGGCGGCCCGGUGAUCAUGGUACAGAUCGAGAACGAAUACUACAACGGGCCUGGUAUCAACGAGUACUUCGAUCAAUUGGCGGAUACUUUCCGCGGCUUGGGGGUCGUCGUCCCGACCAUGGACAACGAUCCCGGAAUGUAUCGUAAUCUGGUCGACAGUACGAACAUAUAUGGCUUUGACGCGUACCCGCUGAGUUUUGACUGUUCAAAUCCGACGCGAUGGCGAGACAUCCCGACCACUUGGAGAAGCUACCACGAAAGUGUCACUCCCGAUGAGCCUUUCAUGAUCCCCGAGUUCCAGGGCGGCUCGUUUCUCAAAUGGGCGUCUAAUCAGACCUACGCCGGUUGCCAUCAGCUAACGAAUCCCAACUUCCAGCGCGUGUUCUAUCAUCAACUCUGGGCGAGCGGUGUUACGGCCGAAAACUUCUACAUGGUCUACGGAGGCACCAAUUGGGGACAACUACCCUAUCCCGCCGCGAUCACGUCCUAUGACUACUCUGCUGCGAUAUCCGAGACACGCGAGCUCAACGACAAGUAUGGCGAACUGAAGCUGCAGAGCAUGUUCCUGCGCAGUUUUCCUGAUUUCAGAAAGACGAACCUCGUUGUCGAGGACAACACUACGCAUACCGGAAUCGACGUUACCCACCUCCAGAAUCCGGAUACAGGUGCUGCAUGGUUCAUCUCGAGGCAUGUUAAUGUGAGCGAUUGGGACGACAAAAGCAUCUCGCUUGAUGUCGGCAAUGUCACCGUCCCGCAGCUGGGGGGCCAAGUGGCGAUUCCAGGCAGGGAUUCCGUCAUCACGUCCACGAACCUAUCAUUUGGGAAGCAUUCUCUGUUGGCGUACUCGACUGCAUCCCUAUUCACUCAGCUCGUCUUAGACAACACCGACGUAUUGGUCGCCUACGGUUCAGUCGGGCGCACAUACGAGGUAGCUCUGGCAUGGGAUAGCAAACCCAGCGCCAGCAUCCAUGGGACAACCACCCCGAAGACUGCGUAUCGCCAGGGUACCUUCAUCCUGAACUACGUACAGAAACAAGGCAUCACGUCCAUCCAGCUCACGCAAGGAGGGCAAAGCACUCUUCUGCUCCUUGUAGACUACGCAGCCGCGACUCAGCUGUGGUUGCCCACGGUCGCCUCGUCCACAGGACCGCUCAAGAACUACGCCGACCUCGGCGCCUCCACCCCCGUCUUGAUCAGCGGGCCCUAUCUAGUCCGCAAUGCGACCAUAGAGCAUGGAACGAUAUCUCUUUGGGGUGAUCUGAACGCGACGACGACCUUAACGGUACUGGCCCCCAGCUCCGUUAACGCAGUUGUGUGGAAUGGGGAAACCGUACGCGGGGUGCAGAAGAAUUAUUGGGGUGCUUUGCAGGCUCGGCUCCACGGCCCAAAACAGACGUGGUCCAUCCCCGACCUGGCCAAGGUGACCUGGCGCUAUGCGGACUCCCUCCCAGAGAUCCAGACCGAUUUCGACGACUCUACGCUCGUCGGUGCCGACCACACAAGCACGACAAACCCGUUCCCCCCUUAUUACGGUGGUCCGUGGAUUCUAUACGGUUCGGAUUAUGGUUUCCAUGCGGGCAAUCUUCUGUGGAGGGGAACGUUCGAACAUUCGGACGACCUGCCUGUACCGACCGCAGUGAACGUCUCGAUAUCUGGUGGGAUCAACUUCGCCGCCUCGAUUUGGCUCAACGACGUCUAUCUCGGGCCUUCGGAUAACCUGACCAUGACGAACAACGAAUCCUUCCCGGUCACGCGCGAUAUGCUGCGAAAUGGUAGCAACUACGUCACCGUGUUACAAGAUCAUAUGGGUUACAACCUGGCAGGGAUGGUCGUCUGCUGUACGCCCGGUGGACGGCAAUUUGACAUCCAGAUGCCUCGCGGCAUCCAGGGUUACUAUCUGGAGGGUAGGGACGAGGGCAACCAAUUCACCGGUUGGAAGGUGGCCGGAAACCUAGGUGGAGAGGAUUAUCCCGAUAAGACGCGCAAAAUCCUCAAUGAAGGUGGACUGUAUGGCGAGCGUAUGGGUUGGCACUUGCCCGGAUUUGAUGACUCACACUGGACCAAACGUACACCGUGGCAGGGAAUCUCCAAGCCUGGUGUUGGCUGGUUCCGGGCGACGUUCACGCUGUCAAUUCCGGCCGGACAUGAUGUUCCCCUCGCAUUUGUUUUCUCGUCGAAUGUCGGGCAUUACCGAGCUCAACUCUACGUCAAUGGCUGGCAGCUCGGCAAACGCGUUGCAAACCUCGGUCCACAGACGUUUUUCCCUGUACACGAAGGCAUCCUGAAUUACGAUGGCGAGAACACAGUCGCCGUCAGCUUGUGGGCGCUGGGCGAUCAGACGCAGGAUCUGAAGAUCCCUUCUCUCGAGCUCGUGCAAAACGGCGUAUACUCGGGAGGUCCUGGGAGGGUCGCAACGGAAAACACGGGUUGGAGCGAGCUUCGCUAAACUAAGCGAGACAGAAGCAUGAUUCGAGGAAAUGAUGUACCUAAGAUACAUUGC